CCAGUCUUCCGGAAUAUAUACAGUUACACGUUACAGAACUUCUUAGUUCUCGUUGGUGUAGAGCGCAGAGCAGCAGCGUCAGUUUGUGAAAGUUGUGCCCAGAGGUACAGUCUGAUCUACACAUACAUAUAAAAAUGGCGGACAAUGAUGAUCUGUUGGAUUAUGAAGACGAGGAACAGACGGAACAAGUAGUUGAUGGAAGUGGGGAUAUACCCAGUAAGAAAGAAGUUAAAGGCACAUAUGUAUCUAUUCACAGUAGUGGAUUUAGGGAUUUUCUUCUUAAACCUGAAAUAUUACGUGCAAUUGUUGAUUGUGGCUUUGAACAUCCUUCUGAAGUGCAACACGAGUGUAUUCCUCAGGCAGUGAUUGGUAUGGAUAUAUUGUGCCAAGCAAAAUCUGGUAUGGGGAAGACCGCAGUAUUUGUAUUGGCUACAUUGCAACAAUUGGAUUUAAUAGAUAACCAAGUUUACGCUCUUGUAAUGUGCCACACAAGAGAACUUGCUUUUCAAAUUAGCAAAGAAUAUGAAAGAUUUAGCAAAUAUAUGCCUCAUGUAAAGGUAGGCGUAUUUUUUGGUGGUUUGCCAAUUCAAAAGGAUGAAGAAGUUUUGAAAAACACAUGUCCUCACAUUGUUGUUGGAACUCCUGGUCGUAUCCUCGCUCUUGUGCGAAAUAAGAAAUUAAACUUGAAGCAUCUAAAACAUUUUGUACUUGACGAGUGUGAUAAAAUGCUUGAACUCCUAGACAUGCGUAGGGAUGUACAGGAAAUAUUUAGAAGCACACCGCACAGCAAGCAAGUAAUGAUGUUCAGCGCUACGUUAUCCAAGGAGAUACGUCCUGUCUGCAAGAAAUUUAUGCAAGAUCCCAUGGAAGUCUAUGUGGAUGAUGAAGCUAAACUUACAUUGCACGGUCUACAACAGCAUUACGUGAAACUUAAGGAGAAUGAAAAGAAUAAGAAGCUUUUUGAAUUACUAGACGUUCUUGAAUUCAAUCAGGUUGUUAUCUUUGUAAAAUCUGUACAAAGGUGUAUGGCUUUGGCACAACUUUUAACAGAACAAAACUUUCCUGCUAUUGGAAUACACAGAGGCAUGACGCAAGAAGAACGAUUAUCCAGAUACCAACAAUUUAAAGACUUCCAGAAGCGAAUUCUUGUAGCUACAAAUUUGUUUGGACGUGGUAUGGAUAUUGAACGUGUAAACAUAGUAUUUAAUUACGACAUGCCAGAAGAUUCAGAUACAUAUCUUCAUAGAGUAGCUAGAGCUGGACGUUUUGGUACAAAGGGAUUGGCCAUUACAUUAGUAAGUGACGAAAGUGACGCUAAAAUACUGAAUGACGUUCAAGAAAGAUUCGAUGUAAAUAUUACAGAAUUGCCGGACGAGAUAGAUCUAGCUUCAUAUAUUGAAGGACGGUAAAUUGGAUACCAAUUACUGAAGUAUAAACUUUCAAAUCUUCACGGUGAAAACACAAUCACCUGAAUAAAUUGCGGCAUGAAUUUUUCUUUUAUAUUCUAAUACCGGUUCUCUUGUGCCGCAUAUAGACAUUUUUUAAGGACAAAGUUGUUUAGAAUAUCGUUUUUUACGACGUAUUUUGAUGUCAUUGAAGUCGAUGAUGGUGUAAGCUUCUCCGACAAUUUCACCGAAUAUUGAAAUUCUAAGCAAGAAUGCAUUAUUCCAAACAAAAAUUGUAACUCUAUAAUAGAUAUAAUAGUAUAUCUAUCCACCAAUCUUUAUCAAAUUUCUUAAUUAAAAUAAGAAUUUCGAAUCUAUUCUAAAUCGUAAGGAUGAAAAUGUAAUAACAGAAACUGCUCAGUUUUGUGGAAUUAAAAUUUAUUAGUAUUUUACAAUGAUAACAUUAAUUAUUUAUUAUAGCUUUAAAAGAAUAAUAAUCCAGCCAUUAUAAAUUCGUUUUUGCGCCACUCGUUCUUAAAGUUUGUCAGAUCAAUGCAAUGAAAAUUGUAAUUGAAUACAAAACAUGAUUUGUAUUCAACAUGAAUACACGAUGAUAAAUGUAUAGAUUGUAAUGUAAUGUGACUAUUUGCCUCACUUUCGUAUUUUCUCUUGACUAGUCAAUAAACUGAAGUGGAGGACAGUAAUA